AUGAGCGAGUACAGUUUAUGUUGCCAUAAAAAAAGUGCCUUUUAUCCUCAAGCUGGUACAGGGGUCUCAGGAAACACCUUACUUCUUUUCCUCCACAUUUGAGUUUUCCUUGUGGGACCCAAGCCCAAGUUCACUGACCUGACCAUUACCUACUUAGCUAUAAUAUAUAUAAUGGUACUCCUCACCAUAGGGUUCUUUGUGUCUACAGACAUUUUGGGGACACGGGAUAUCCAGAGUGACUUCAAAUGUAAAGUGAUUGUCUUCCUUUACAAGGUGCUGAGGGGACUCCCCAUUUGGGCCACCUGCCUUUUGAGUGUGCUUCAGGCCAUCACCAACAUCCCCAGCAGCUCCUGCUUCGCUAAAUUCACACUUAAAUCUCCAAAUCCCAUCCUGUUUCUUUCUCUUCUUAUGGAUCCUGAACAAUGUAGCAACCUGUUCCUCCAUGCUGUAGACAUGCCCACAAGGGUUUCUCUCCAAGAAGCUCUCCAGAAAAAAAGGGCUACUCAGAUGAUUCUGCUGCUAGUGAGUUGUUUUGUGAUCAUAUACUGUGUGGACUUCAUCAUUUCAUUUUCCAUGGUCAUGACAUGGACAAAUGACCCAAUCUUGGUGUGUAUCCAGAUGCUCGCGGCCAAUGGCUAUGGCACAGUCCUUCGGUGUUAA